AGAGCGGGAAACAAAGAUACGAUGUUAGUAGACCGCGCAGAAAGAAAUUUUCGGAUAGAAUCGAGAAAUUGUGACAGAAACGAGUCGUACUGUAAAAAAACUCUACAAUGUGUGAGACACCACCAAGUCCUUCGCCAUCCUCAACGGGUUCAUCUUUAACUGAUACUGAAUCCAAUGAGUCAAAUGACAGUGGUAUCGACUCCGUCUCUUCUACGGGCUCAAGUAACAAGUUUCCAUCCGAUUACAUGGACAUUGAUGAGUUUCUAUCAGUGUCAGGUGUACGGGAAAACCAAUGUGAUGAUGGACUACAAAACAAUAUGGUAAACAAAAAGUCUAUAAAUUCAAACAGCUCUGUCUCCCAUACACCCCCUGUUAUUGUUGACUCAGGUCAAAGUGAACCACCUGACAGAAAAAUGAAAUUGCAGAUAGAAACAAACAUGGCUAGGAGACAAAAAUCAAGGUCAAGGGAUUCAGCUAAUGACUUCAAGGGACAACAAUCAGACUUAAAUGGACAACAGAGCUGUAAAAAGCCUAAAGAUGAGUAUGAAUAUAAUCCAUUACCCAUCGGUAAAAAGGCGCGCAGGAAGUUUGUUCCUGAUCAGGAAAAGGAUGAUCGAUACUGGGCUCGCAGAGUUAAAAACAAUGUUGCAGCCCGUAGAUCACGUGACAUGAGGCGUCAAAAGGAGAUUGAAAUCUCAAUGAAAUGGAAGCAACUCGAGAAAGAGAAUGCACGAUUGAGAGAGGAAUUACAACAACUAAAAGACAGAGCCAGUGAGCUUGAGAAAAAGUUGUCAGAAAAGCAAGCAGGGCACUAGUGCGAGAACAGAGUUGUUUAGGAGGAAGUGCUGCAAAGAUCUCCAAAGAUAGAUGUAAAAAAGAAUCGCCUAUCAAAAGGCAAAAAUCAUCACAUGGGAAUUUGCCAAGGAACAACUAUGGGCAAAAGUGAGCCGUAAAUCAUGGAAAACAUUAACAACAUUAUAUGCAGAAGUAUAAACCGAAAAGAGAGGUAUUUCAUUUCACAGGCCAGACAACAUAUUUCAUGUCAGAUCUAGAAUUUAAAAAAGGGAGGUGAAAAAAAAAACAUUAUUUGAACAGAAGGGCAGGACAAUCAACUCCCUAUGUAUAUCUUAUGCUAUUGGCCAUUACUAUUUGACCAGAGUGGUGAAAAGAGUCAAUCUACAUAGAACUCUCCAUCAUUCCAUCAAAAUGUCAUUUAAGAUAUUUAGUACCUGCCAACUUAAUUUCCUAGUUAGACUUGCCUUCCUAGGUAGACUUGGCCCCAUUGCUGUUUCUCACCUUACCUGUCUAGGCCUUGCUCAUUUCAUUAAAACUUAAGAUCACCCCCAAAAAAUUCCUUACUCUCUUCUCUCUUUUUUCUUGCUGAGAGCUGAAUUAGCAGGGAAUGGAGAAAAAAAAGACGACUAAAAUUUCACCAGUUGGCAGAUAUAAUAAUGAAAAACUUGAAUCAUAUACUUAAGGUGUGUUAGUAGUAAACUAUGAUGACUUUUUAAAGUUGGAAAGCUUAUUAAAAUAAGCUUUCCAAUUCCAGUUCUCAGGGAAAGAUGUCAUAACUAUUAAUUCUUUUAUGUAUGGUCCACUGAACAGAUUUCCCAACAACAUUUUGAUGUCAGUGAACUGGAUGUAGUAUCAUUGGACUUAUUGAAGCAUCUAGAAAUUUGAGAAAAUGGUUGAUUUUUUUUCCAAUUCAUGAGCUUUUUGUGGUAGACUCUCCUUGUAUAAACUAGGGAUAAACACGAAUGCACGAAUGGUGUCCAAUAUUUUAAUAAACCUCAUACAUAGACUCUACAUAGAGAAAAAGCAAGCCAAAUACACUCUUUUUUUGUUAUAAGAACCUUUUUUGUAAAAACGUCCAGGCUGAGAGUUCACCAAAUUUUAAGAACAUGCUAAGAACAUGCCGAGGCUGAGAUAGCAGAAUUUUUUUUCUAUUUUAGUCCUGAUGCGUUUUAAAAUGCAGAAUCGAAUUGUGUUUCUAGCAACAACCUUUUUAUUGCUAUUGAUCAUUAGUGUAAUUCUCUUUCUAAAAAUUCAUUGAGUAUUAUAUUCUUAUAUACACUAAAAUUUAAGAACAUCGUUAAGAACAUAAUCAGCCUUUAAAUGUCCAAAAAAUAGAAACGGCUCAGCCUUAACUGAAAAUUAGACGUUUUUAUAAAAAAAACAGUGUAGUGUCCAAUAUUACAUAAACCUGUAAACAUUAACCUUUAACGGUACAAUGCCCAUUCUUUACCUAGAGCAAACUAAGGGAAGAAACAAAUGAUUGUUUCCUUUUUCAUCUAGAAUUAAUAGGAUGCUGUUUAAUCUAGGAGGUUAUGAGUGAGAAUAAAAACUACCAUUUAACAAUCCCUAUUUGCUUUGAAAAACUUAUUUGAAAUGCGACUAGAUGAAAAAUAUUGCACUUGAAUUGAUUGGUUGUCGUUAUUGCAUAAGCCUCCUGUAGUGAGAAGCGUCAGUCUUUGUAACAUAUAAUAUGCUGAUUAUGAAACAGCCAAAGCAUACGUCUUAAUUGUUAUACAUAAAUUGCAAAAAAACACAUAAAAGAAAAUACAGACAGGUUAUACAAGUCUAGUAUACGUUGUAGAACGUAGAACAAUAAAAUGCUAUUACCUAAAA